ACUCUGUCUCCGUACUCUCUUCCAACUCCCAAGCUCCGAAACGACGCUAGUGUCAAUCAGAUGCUGCAUCAAGUCCAUCGAGGCUGUGCACGUCUGCUUUCCUCCAUCGAACUCUCGCGUAACCCAUUUUUCCACCACGGAGCUAUACCCUCCCUUUCCAUUCCUAUCCACACCCCCGCCUGUUACGUCGCAAGCUAACCCACUGGAACCACGGGUUUGUGGCUGGAAACACCCCCGCCCAAUUCUCCAUUUGACUUCCCUCGACUGUGUUCGAAGCUUGGCUCAUCAACGAAACCAAGGAUAUGUCUUCCGUCGGGUUUCGCUCGCAAGUGCGGAGCCAUAGCUUCGGUCUCACCAGGAAAAUGAGUUCCUCCGGCAAUGGUCGUGCGGAGGCUGGUGAACGUACCGCGCUGUUGGGUCAUAUCGGUCACUCCUCGUCAUUCUCCGGCCUGGCGCCGCAUGAGCAGAUUGAGCAUGGUGGUCAUCACCAUCAUCCCAAGGAUAAUCGCGUUUGGGUCCGCUGGCCUAUGCAUGUCGUGCGUUUGACCUGGUUGACUCUGGUCCGCGAUUAUGUCAAUCUUCUUUUGGUGGUCGUGCCCUUGGGUAUCGCUGCUGGGGCACUCGGUUGGGAUCCGAGUGCCAUCUUUGUGUUGAAUUUCUUUGCCAUUAUUCCGCUUGCGUCCCUGCUGAGCUUUGCGACGGAAGAGUUGGCUGCGACGAUGGGCCAAGCUUUGGGUGGUUUGAUGAAUGCUACUUUUGGUAAUGCCGUUGAGUUGAUUGUCAGCAUCAUCGCCCUCAAGGAUAACCAGAUCCGUGUCGUCCAGGCCAGUAUGCUCGGUAGUAUCCUCUCCAAUAUCCUGUUGGUUCUGGGCUGCUGUUUCUUGGUGGGUGGUCUACGUCACCGCGAGCAAUCCUUCAAUAGCACCGUGGCCUCUACAAUGUCAUCCCUGAUGGCAGUGGCAUCUGCCUCGUUGAUUAUUCCGGCUACUCUCUGGGCGGCCCUGUCCAACUCCGAGCAAAGUGCACGCGAUAACAUCCUCAUCUUGUCCCACGGUACCGCUAUCAUCCUGCUUGUCAUCUAUGUGAUGUACCUCUGGUUCCAGCUCCGCUCCCACGCCGAUCUCUUCGAGGAAAGCAACAAUGCCGAGACUGGUCAAGGGGGCGAGGCAGAAGCAGAAGAGGAGGAGGAGCGUCUGCUGAACCCGGUGGCUGCUACCGUGGCCCUGAUCGUCGUGACUAUCCUGGUGGCCAUCUGCGCUGAUUACCUGGUCGGUAGCAUCGACAGCAUCGUGGAAAAGACCGGUAUGAGCAAGACUUUUAUCGGUCUGGUGCUGAUUCCCAUCGUUGGCAAUGCCGCCGAGCACGUCACUGCGGUGGUGGUUGCGUACAAAGAUAAGAUGGAUCUCGCGAUCGGAGUUGCUAUUGGCAGCAGCUUGCAGAUUGCCCUCUUUGUCACUCCCUUCCUGGUCAUCCUGGGCUGGAUCAUGGGUAUUGAGAUGACUCUGCACUUCCAGACCUUUGAGACCGUCGCUUUCUUCAUUUCCGGACUGGUGGUGACUCUCCUGAUUCAGGAUGGCAAGUCGAACUACCUGGAGGGUGGCAUGUGCCUGGGAAUGUAUCUCAUUCUCGCCCUGGCAUUCUAUGUCUACCCCGAUGAUGUCAACGAGGGAGCUGGCGGCAUCUUCAGCAAGCUCGUCAAUUGAGCUGGGCUUUACAUAUCUACAAAAUCGGAAGAACUCUCUUCGUGAAUACUCGGUCGUUACUCCUCUCUUUUACCUACUUGACUAUCAGUCUUCAGUCAUAGUGGGAUUAUGUCCUUAUAUCUUCUGCGCACUCAGCUAGCUGGUCUCUUCGUUGCGUCUCCUGUGGCCCACCCACCUGUUUUCCUUUACUCUGUUCAAAAACCUUCCAAAUUCAUGCGUCCAUAGGUUCUCCUCAAUGCAACUGUCAUUUACCUUAAUCCGGGUGCUCUGCCCACGUGCUCAUUCACCAGAUCUGUUCCUGGAAAAGGCU